AUUUGAUAUAAUAUCAUGGGUCAGGAAGGUCACACAAACAAGAACGAUAAAUCAGUAGUCUCUCAGUUCUGCUCUGAGUCAAAGCUUUUUUUCUCGAUGCGAUACGUAUUGAAAAUAUUUUUAUUGCUCUUCCUCCUCGGUGGAAUAAGUGGACGACGUUCGACCGGCAGAAAGCGAGACGACAGCCCGGUGAGGAGGACGGAAACGGGCUUCAAAGGCAGGGUGGAGUACGCGGAGGCCGAAAUCGAGCCCAAGCAUCUGGACAGAGGCACGAAGACCAACAAACGAGUGCGCACCUACUCGAAAGACAUGGGGUACGAGUCGGACGACGCGGGACAUGUCAUCGCUCGACGACUGGGCGGUGACGGCAAAGACGAGAAGAACAUCAUCCCCCAGAACCCGUCCGUCAACCGGGGCGAAUGGAAAAAGAUCGAAGAUCUGACAUACGCGGAAGUUAAAAAGACCGGAAAGGUAAAAAUGCAAGUCGAGCCAAUCUAUUCGGGCGAGAAGUCGACGAGGCCCAAAUCCAUCUACUACAGAAUCAGCAGCAAAAACGGUAACAGGUACAAGAAAGUCGAAUCUGGAGAAGUAGAGAAUCGAUGAAAAUAGACGAUUACUCUGUUCCAAUAAUCGCUGUAGCACAAAAGAACAAAUAGCUUCAAAAAUAAAACACAAACAGUUUCUUUUAUUUACCAAA